AUGGGGUUCUUCGACCUAAACAUUCCGUUCAGCUAUCUGCCACCAGCUGGCGUGAAAGCAACCGUCGUCGAUAACACCUUGCGCGUAAAGCUCGCCAUGAAAGCCAUGGAGCUGGGCUAUGUUGGGAUCGCACACAACCAUUCGAUCAGAGGCGUAAUGACGGACAAGGACCGUUGCACGAUCCCUCUUCUCACCCUUGGAUCUCUCGUCAAGGCCGCUCCGAGGCUAGCUUCCUCCGUCGGAUUCCACCGCGACCUUCUCGGCGUCCCUCGAGCUACUCCGUUUCGGCAGUACACGCGCGUCACGGUCCUUGUGGAGAACGAGGCACAGCGUCUUAGUUUGAAUUCUGGGAAUCAGGUUCUAAAGAGCUACGAUGUUGUUGCAGUCACGCCGUUGAAUCAGAAAACCUUCGAACACGCCUGUACUAAAGCUGAGGUUGAUAUUAUUUCGAUUGAUUUCUCAACUAUGUCAUUCCAUUUGAUACAUGCCACGGUCAACACUGCUAUUAAGCGAGGGAUUUACUUUGAGAUCAAGUACUCUGAUCUCUUAAGCUUAAAGGAUACAGAGAAGAGGAGACAAGUUAUAUCGAAUGCUAAGUUACUGGUGGAUUGGACUAAGGGGAAGAAUCUGAUUAUAUCGAGUGGGGCUCCUUCAGUCACAGAACAUAAAUAUGCUCCUUCAGUUACAGAACUUAGAGGUCCAAACGAUGUUAUAAAUCUCAUGUUCUUGCUUGGAAUCUCUACUGAAAGAGCCAGAGCUGCCAUUUCAAAUAACUGUAGGAAUAUGAUAGCCAAGGUCUUGAAGAAGAAGCGGUUUCACAAAGAAGCUGUCAGGGUUGAAUUAGCUUCUUCUAGUGAAACCUUUAGUCUCGAAAAGCCUCUAUCUGAUGAUCGAACGAAAUGGGAUCCCAUCUCGAGCGGUGAUGGUGACAUGCUUUUGGAUGAUAUCGCAAAGGCCUUUGAUGCCACACGUGCUCCUGCGCGCAAACGCUCUAAGGCGAUUGAUUUCACCUCUGCUCUUGAAAGCUUGCCGUCACAUGGUUUCCGGGUUAAGGAUAUUGUAGGAACUGAACCAUUGACUCAGCCACCUGCGACUAAGACGACUGACGCACCAGUGCACAGUAACAGUCCAGUUUCUGAUGUACGUAUGGCUGAUUCAGCUUCAUCUGACGAUAUAACCAUAAGCCAAACUGACACGCAGAUGUGUGAAGAUGACAGUAAGGUGGUGGAACGUACAACAAUCGUCCCCCUGAGGAAAUGCAGUACCAGCCAAGAACAGGGGAUUUUGGUGCCAAUUCAAGCAGCUGCGUCCUUAACACUGAUGAGAUGUACAAAGUUGGAUGCAGCUUCUGAUGUUAACAUGCAAACCGAGUCGCAUUCAGAAGAUAAAUCACUGUCACCAUCAGAAAGCUGUUUCGGGAUUUCAGAAAGUCCUGCUGAAAACUUAAACAUGGAAAGUAUUGCUGCUGAUAAAGCCUCAAUGGACGAGGACAACAAAGAAGAAGCUCCUACUUGUCAUGCUAGUAAUGAUGCUGAGCCUAGACACGUUACAUCGAUUGAUGAUAAUGAUGAUGAUGAGAUGAAAAUUGAUGCUUCUACGGAGGCAAAUCAGAACGAGGACAUGGAGGUGACAGUGGAAGACGAGAAGCAUGUAACAGGUGACGGUAAUAUUAAUCUUCCUAACUUAUCCUCUGAGACCAACGAGUUGCUAAGAGAAUUAGAUGAUGAAUCUCUCAGUCCAGAGGCGGUGGGACAAGACCAUGACCAAGUAUCAAGGUUAGAGUCCAAUGAGGCAGAGCUCGAGGAAGAGCCAUCGGUUCCAUACGACAACAUCCUUGAAAUAACAAUGGAAGACGAGAAGGAAGGCGAGACCGAAACCGAAACUAAUCAACAAGCCCAUGUCCAGUCCCCCGAAAGAGACAGUGCCACAAACUCAGGUAAGGAGGGAGCUAAGAGGAGAAGAGUUCGAUUAGCGCGACUACAGCCUUUCAAGCCUUUUCUACUUCAAUCACGAUUCAAACGAAUCAGUAAAAGAAGGAAACAUAGAAGAGCUUGA